AGAUGCUAAAACCUUUGUUGUGCACUGCUGCUGCUGUUGGAUCGACUUGGACGUUUCAUCAUCAAAGGCAUUGGCUGACUCCCUUGACCGUGCUGUGCAUGAUGAUCCUUACUUUAAUAAGUUGAUUAGGAUACUGGCAACUAGGUGUAUGACACAUGCUGUUUAUUUCUGUAGUGGGGAUCUAAGCCCUCCAGAAUAUCAUCAUUAUGGGCUUGCAGCGCCCCUAUAUACUCAUUUCACCUCUCCUAUUAGGAGAUAUGCAGAUGUGACUGUGCACAGGUUGCUUGCUGCAUCCCUAGGGAUCGAUAAGCUUCCGCCAGUUUUCCAAGACAAAGCUCAACUAACUAGUAUUGCUGAUAAUCUGAAUUACCGACAUAGGAAUGCCAAAUGGCAAGCAGGGCCUCAGUGGAGCUCCAUACUCUCAUUUACUUCAGAAACCGUCCCACUGACACAGAAGCCAGGAUAGUGAAGAUAAGGUCCAACGGGUUCAUUGUGUUCGUGCCCAAGUAU